AUGGUUUGUCUCAAGGAUCCAUUGGUUCAAAAAAUCUGCGAGUUUUACGAGAAAAUUUCUAGGCUAGACAGCCUCAAACCCUCUGAAGAUGUCGACAUGCUGUUCACGAAGCUCGUUCUCACGUGCAUGCCACCGUAUCCAAUUGAUUGCACAAAAUUGUGCCAGAAAAUUCAAGAAAUCAGGUCCAAACUCAUUAGACUUUGUGGAGAAGCAGAAGGGCUCCUUGAAAAACACUAUUCAACUACCUUAGGAUCAUUUGAUAAUCCUCUCGAGCAUCUAGAUAUUUUUCCCUAUUUCUCGAAUUACCUUAAACUAAGCCUACUCGAAUUCAACAUCCUUAGCCAACACAUCAAGGACGUCCCAAGUCGUGUUGCAUUCGUGGGAUCAGGUCCCCUCCCCCUUACCUCAAUCGUAUUGGCCUCGAAUCACAUGACUUCCACCACUUUCCACAACUACGACAUCGACUCAUCAGCCAAUUCCAUGGCGUCCUGCCUCUUGAAAUCCGAUCCCGACUUAUCCAAACGAAUGAUAUUCCAUACUACGGAUAUCAUGCAUGUUACAAGUGCUCUCAAGGACUAUGACGUCGUUUUCUUGGCAGCCCUUGUUGGUAUGAACAAGGAUGAAAAGGUUCAAAUACUGGAGCAUUUGAACAAACACAUGGCACCAGGUGCGCUUUUGAUGCUUAGAAGCGCCCACGGCGCGCGUGCUUUUUUAUAUCCGGUGGUUGAUCCUCGUGAUCUCCGAGGAUUCGAGGUUCUUUCAGUGUUUCAUCCGACAGAUGAGGUUAUCAAUUCUGUUGUCAUAGCUCGUAAGUCUUCAUUUUCUAUGCAUUCAUCAAUUGAUCAGGGAUUUGGGCCAUUAAUGCUUUGCAGCAAAUGUGCUGAGAUUCAAGUUUUCAAUCCCCUAAACCAGAUGAACAUGAUUGAGGAAUUGGCAGCCGAGGAGCAUCAUUGUUGA